GAAACUACCAGCUGUCGCCCACCGUCAACAUGCCGCAGGACGACACGGUGAUCAUCGAGGACGACCGGCCGCCCCUCCUGCCCCCCCCUCUCUCCGACCAAUCAUCAUCCAGCUCCCACGAUGAUGUGGGCUUCACCGCCGACCUGACGCCGCCCUGGGCCAAAGAGCCGCCUCCUCAGAGCAACAGCUCGGUGAAUCCAGAUGAAAACGAUCCGGACGGCAGCUUUCAAAGGGAAGGCUUCGGGCGCCAGAGCAUGUCGGAGAAGCGCACCAAACAGUUUGGAGACGCCGCUCACCUCGAGAUCAUCAAGACACGCAAGUCCAAGAGCAUGGAUCUAGUAGCCGACGAGAUUAACCUCACCCCUCGUGCCUCCGACUUCACAGGUUCCUCCACGAAGGACGUGGGACCGUCGCUCGGCCUGAAGAAGUCCAGCUCUCUGGAAAGCCUCCAGACGGCUGUUGCCGAGGCAACCCUGAAUGGGGACGUCCCCUUCCAUAGGCCACGCCCCCGAAUCAUAAGGGGGCGGGGCUGCAACGAGAGCUUCAGAGCCGCCAUCGACAAAUCCUACGACCGCCCGGCGCCUCCGGAGGAAGACGACGAGGGCAUGGAGACACUGGAGGAGGACACGGAGGAGAGUUCUCGCUCGGGGAGGGACUCGGUGUCCACGGUGGCCGACCUGACCCCGCUGUCCGGCUCCGAGAAACCCUUCGUCAACGGCACCAAUCGCACCAAAGAGGAGAAGAAGAAGGACAAAGACAAGACGGGGAAGGAGAAGAAGAAGCCGGAGGGAGGGAAGGAGAAAGACAAAGACAAGGGGAAAGCCAAGAAGGGCAUGCUGAAAGGACUCGGAGACAUGUUCAGGUUUGGGAAACACCGUAAGGACGAACGACCGGGGGAAAAGUUGGACCGGAAAGGUUCCAGCAAGUGGAGGACGGAGGAGUCGCAGGUUUCUGAUGAAGAGACGAUGAAGAUGAGGAUGGAUCAGGAGAGGAUCCAGGCUAAGACCCGGGAGCUGAGGGAGCGCCAGGCCCGGGAGCGGGACUACGCCGAGGUCCUGGACGUCAGCCGGGUGGAGGAGGAGGAGGAGGACCACGCGUACGCUGGGGUCAACGCUCUGAACUGCUCCAUGGACAGCGGGCACAGCCGGCCCCACAGCCCCCGGGACGAUUACAUCCAACACCAGAACAUCCACCCCAACCAACACCACCAGAACAACCACCCACACCACCAGAACCAGCACUCUGACUCCCUCUACACCCAAGUGAAGGCCCGCAACGAGCGCCCCCCGUCUGCAGACAGCCGGCUAGCCCCCAGCAACCACGACCGGAUACAGCGGCUGCGGCAGGAGUUCCAGCAGGCGCAGACUGUGCCCGACGACCCGGACGACCGCAGGAGGACCUACAGCUUCGAGCAGCCCUGGACGAACGCCAGCAGUAACGGGCAGGGCGGGUACAGCCAGCCGGGGCGCCACUCGGUGUCCGUGGAGGUCCAGAUGCAGAGGCAGAGACAGGAGGAGAGAGACUCGUUCGCCCAGGCGCAGAGACAGUACAGCUCCCUGCCACGGCAACCCAGGAAGAACUCCAGCACCGUCUCCCAGGACUCGUGGGACAAAGCCUGCCCUCCUGGCGAAGUGUUCCAGACGGCAAAGGACAACCCACGGUACUCGAGCUACCAGGGAUCCAGGAACGGCUACCCUGGGGGGGGUGGUGUCAACGCACGCGUCCUUCUGGAGGCCCAGGAGCUCCUGAGGCAGGAACAGAGGCGGCGAGAGCAGGAAGCCAAAGGGAAGUUAAUGCAGGAGAGCAUUGUUAGCAGCAGCUAUGAAGGAUACCCCUCAGCACACCUGAAGGACCCAGCCUCCCCCAAGGGUCCGUACCGCCAUGAUGUGCCGCCCUCACCUUCGCAGUUAGCAAGGCUUAAUAGAAUCGGUUCAGAAAAAGGAAGACUUUUUUAUUCUUGAGGAGUAUUCUUGGACUAAUGGACAAAAUGCUGAUCAGAGAACUUGCUACAGGAGCUAAGGGGAUUACCUUGAAGAGACAGCAGCUACAAAAAGGGACAACCUAGAGGUCUUAUAGCCUAGCGAUGAUCUUAGAGGUAAACAGAUGUGAAGUGUGCUCAGUAUGUGGCUGUUUGUGUUAAAUCCCUCACUGUGCCGAUGACCUAAACCCGUCAGUCAGUCAGCCUCCUACAGACGCUCAGUGCCUUCUCUGCAUUCACAAACACGAUGCAUGUUCACAUUUGUCCAGGACUCUGAUUCAUCGAGGUCUGGCACCACCGUGUUCUGACAAUCAAAUGGGCAGACAGGCGAGGGAGUGGGCGUUCUGAUGAGCCCAUGGCGAGGCGUUACCUUCUGUGGGUUUAUGUGUGGGCAUGUGACAACUUACAUGUUUCACCAUCAAGAACGUGGCUUUCCAAAGCGUCCCGUGGAUGACUCGUCCCGUCGCUCACAAAUCAUUUUCCAUUCAUUUCUUUUAACGUUCAACCCCCACCGAUACUUCUCCUCCGCAUUCUGUUUUCUCCACUCCUCAGCGAUCGAGCAUCUCUCACUCGAGUGCUCCCCGGGGAGAAGAGAAAACAAGGCAAAGUGUAUGAAAAAAGGAGGGCACAGUGUGUGUGUGUGUGUGUUAAUGAUAAAAAGCCCCCCUCAUAAAUGAUUCAUACCGUGUGUUAUCUCCGUGGAGGAGACCCAGGCUGAGGGUAGACAGCUCUGAUCCUCUGCCUGGCCCCCCUGCUCCGCUCUGGGCUUGCUUGCUGGCCCGUCUGUCUGGAUCUCUGGCUUCCUUUCCUCCUCUUGUCGCCUUUCGGUUUGUUACCUUUCUUUCUUCUACCUCAACACCCCCACCUUUAUCCUCCUUUCCUCUUUCGCUCAUUCCCCACCUUCCUCUCAUAUCACCCUCCCCCCCCCCCCCCCACCACCCUCCCCCUCCUCCUCCCCACGUCUCCCGAGUCAGGCUCUGCACUGAAUGUUUCAUCACAAGCCACCUGCUGCCUGCCAGAGCCAGCGAGCGCUGCCACCAGAGGAACCGACAGAGGGCCCGGCUUCUGACAUAAAGGGAGGAAUUAAAGCAGCAGCAAAAAAAAGAAAUCCAGAAUAAAGAUGGGUAGCGAGACAAUAAGCCAGUGUGAGAUUAGCUGGAGCUUUUCUCCUGUUUUUCAACAAAAGGGUAGUGCAAUUGUCCUCAGGAGUUAAUUGCGUUCAAUUGCUUUCUGUAUUUUAACCUUUUUAAGCAUUUAGCCGACACUCUUCUCCCAAAAAUGACUAGAACUGCUUUCUUCCAGACAUUUUAAAAGAAAGUAAGUGAGGCAAUAAAGAUUAGAACCCUACCUAUGUUUUCUUUGACGCGUGUCAACCUAAAACCGAGAUUUAGUAACUUAAUCGAAGGGCUAAUUAGCCCGCCAGAACAUUGCUAGCAGUCACAAUAGCUCUCUGAAUUGGCUAGCUUGCUAACUGUCAGUCCGCUGACUGACAGUUAGCAAGCUAGCCAAUUAGUGGUCAGUUACGUUUGUCACUGACAGCACAGUAGGCUCUCACUGCUAAAUAAGUAUUUGGAUGCAUCAACUUCUGUGUAGUUAUCAUUCCUAUUUUGUGGAGCAGUUGAUGCUACAGAGAGUUGGACAGCCAGGUAGCAUAAUUAGCUUCCUCCUUUUAAAAAUAAUUGCGUGGUAAUAGCUCAACCUGCGGUGCCAAAGUUUCACGCAGAUUUAAUUGCCUGGAAAAUGUGAUAAAGGCUGUCUCGACUGGGCCUAAAACACGACACUUCAAGAGACAAUGCUAUGUUUGGAAUCUGCUAUGAGGACCACAAAUGAAAUGUUAACUAACCUCCACUUUAAUAGGGUCGAGACAAUCUCAACAAAAGUAAUAAAAACGAUUUGAAUUUCUGUUAUUUGGGUUAAACCAGUUACGUUUUCAUUGUGAUUCAUGCUAGCCCACUGUGUGCGGUCGUUUUAAUUCAGGAACAAAAAACAUGGGAAUUGAUGAGACACGCUUUAAAAUUCCUGCCACCAUCCCACCACCGAUUCUCUGAGUCUGAACCUUCCCCGCAUUGAAGUCCCUAAUGUUUGUGACAUCAUGCUCUCUGCCUGUGAGCAGACAGAUGAGAUCGAGCUGAGGUGAAACUUAAAACAAAAGGGAAAUACAAAAGAAAAAAAAAAAGACGGCCAUCAUCGAGCUGUGGAAAACAAACAAGCGGUGUGUAAUUGCCCUUCACUCCUACACACUCCAUAUUCAGAGCGAAGCCGCAUGACAUGCAUUAUCUCCUAUUGGUUAAUGAAGCCCCUUGCUGGGAAAGCUACAGGCUGAGUAGGGGUACUAAAUGAAAGUAAGAAGAUGAAGAAGAAAUGACCUUAAUGGCAUUUCCCGGUGUUUAAACCUGUAUUUUAACCCGAGGAAAGUUCACAAAUCUACUCUGCUAUAAGCUAAACUAACAAAUCCUUUCUGCAUGCUUUUAGGUAAGAUGACACGAACGCAAUAUGGGGCUGAUGAAACUGUAACCAAAUAAUCAAAGCAGUGUAGGGUAAAACAUAUCUCCACUCAGAAAAAGUGCUGUGAACACUAGGGGCGUCUCGAUCGAAGGAUCUUUUCCGACCUUUGCUCACAACGUCAUAAGCCACGGGGUGUGAUGUCGAUAAGUGCCUGAUAUAUAUCACGAUAUUUUACACAAAGAGGGACACGAUGUGAUUUGUUUGUCAGUGACACUACAGUGUGAUCUUUAGACAUUUUUAAUAUCAUAUGAUAAUGUGUCAUUCGAUGGGGUACUCCUUCCUGAAGCUUUUUUGUAUUUGAUGUUCCAGAGCCAACACUUUACGAGCGGAUAUCAGUGUAUUUGUAUCCCGUUUGACAUUGCCUUCAACCAUGCUGUAACAUGAUGUGUUUUAAAGUAUAAAAAGAAAAUGGAAGCUGAUGAUGUGCAAUUGUUUUUGCGAACUUUUACAUGAUAUAUUAAGAAAUGUAUGCAGCCACUUUUUUCCUGUACAUAUCAAAUUUAGAAUAAAACGGAAGGCUGUUCCAUCCUGUUUACAACCUU